AGUAUGGCCUCAAAGCAGAGCAGAUUGAACAAUUACUAGCGACAGGAGUCGUAGAGUCUCAUGCCACUAAGACUAAGUUACGACCAGUCCAUAAGGCCGCAGCCCUGUCGACUUCCAGAGACUGGGAAACAUAUGGGCAAUGGUUUCCCUCAGUACUCCACAGACGGACCGGGCUCCAAAGAGGACUUCAUGGACAGUGGAGAGGACGCUGUAUUUGGGAUUGUUGAGCCCCUACGAAGAUCCCGGGGUCGGCUCAUCCUCCACGGCCUGGUCAUGUUUGGAAGGGAAUUCUGUUACGCUGUGGAAGCGGCGUUUGUGACUCCAGUCCUCCUCAGCGUGGGCCUGCCCCGCAGCCUCUACAGCCUGGUGUGGCUCAUCAGCCCCAUCCUGGGCUUCUUGUUACAGCCCGUCAUCGGUUCAGCCAGUGACCACUGUCGCUCUGCCUGGGGACGGAGGAGGCCGUAUAUUCUAACUCUGGGUAUCCUCAUGCUUAUAGGAAUUACAAUGUUCCUCAACGGAGAUGCUGUUAUUUCAGCCGUGGUGAGCGACAGGACGCUGAGGAGCAUAUGGGCCAUAGUGGUUGUCAUGUUUGGAGUGGUGCUGUUCGACUUUGCCGCGGACUUCAUCGACGGACCGAUCAAGGCCUAUCUGUUUGACGUGUGCUCGCAUCAAGACAAAGAGCGAGGCUUACACUACCACGCUCUGCUGACAGGUUUGGGUGGAGCUUGUGGGUACCUGGUGGGGGCUAUGGACUGGGGUCACUCAUUACUGGGUCAGCUGCUGGGCUCAGAGUACCAGGUCAUCUACUUCUUCUCCGCGCUCACAUGGGGCAUCUUCCUCACUGUUCACUUGUUCAGUAUUCCCGAGCAGCCUCUGGGUAAAGACAGGUGCAACUCGGAGUCAUCGCCCCCCAGCGCCCUCCACCUUCUCGGUUCCCAUAGUAACAGCAAUGGCUACGGAGCUCUGGUCAAAGACUCCGUCAUAAGUCCCAGCUCACCUACUGCAGACCUCAGGCCCCGGUCCUUCUCCGCUUUGGGCGAGGCCAACUCAGUGACCUCUAGUGCUAAACAGCCAAACAAGGAGGCUCAGAAGAGGAUGACGCUCAGAUCAUUGAUGAAAGCUAUAAUCAACAUGCCCAACCACUACCGCUGCCUGUGUGUGAGUCACUUACUGGGAUGGACGGCCUUCCUCUGCAAUAUGCUCUUCUUCACUGAUUUUAUGGGACAGAUCGUAUACAAAGGAAACCCGUACGCAGAGCACAAUUCAACAGCGUACGUGACAUAUGAAAGAGGAGUGGAGGUCGGCUGCUGGGGAUUAUGCAUCAACGCCGUGUCUUCAGCUCUGUAUUCCUACGUCCAGCGCUUCCUCCUCCCGUACAUCGGACUUAAGGGUUUAUACUUCAUGGGAUACUUCGUGUUCGGCCUCGGCACCAGCCUCAUCGGUCUCUUUCCUAACAUCAUCGCCACGCUCAUCCUCUGCAGCGUUUUCGGCGUCAUGUCCAGCACUCUGUACACGAUCCCCUUCAACCUAAUAGCAGAGUACCAGCGGGAAGAGGAGGAGCAGAUCAAACUGAGCGGCAGCAGAGGGAGCCCCCGGGGGACGGGAGUGGACUGUGCGGCUCUCACUUGUAUGGUCCAGCUGGCUCAGAUCAUCGUGGGGGCAGGACUUGGAGCUUUGGUGAACCUCGCGGGAAGCGUCAUUGUGAUUGUCCUAUCGGCCUCGACCAUGUCCCUGCUGGGCUGCAUCUUCAUCGCACUUUUCAUCAGAUAUGUGGAGUGA